GAUGAAGAGCAGAGUCAUCAUCCACCGAGAAAACAACUGGUGUGUUCACGCCGAGAGAGAAUCUGAUAAAAUGGAGAGAAAAGCCCUCGAGGUCGAGAAUAAUCACAGACCCUUCGCCGGAGACGGCGGCUCUGCGGCGGCGGAGGAGGAAGCGGUGGAGACGAAGGUUAUUUACAGAGGCUGGAAAGUCAUGCCCUUUAUUAUUGGGAAUGAAACUUUCGAGAAGCUCGGGAUCAUAGGGACAUUGUCGAACCUUCUGGUGUACCUUACUUCUGUCUUCAACUUGAAGAGCAUUACAGCUGCGACGAUCAUCAAUGCCUUCAGUGGCACCAUCAACUUUGGAACUUUCAUCGCCGCUUUUCUCUGUGACACAUACUUUGGCCGCUACAAGACACUUACAGUUGCCGUCAUCGCUUGUUUUCUGGGAUCACUCGUUAUACAACUGACCGCUGCAAUCCCGCAACUACAUCCAGCUCCUUGUGGAACGAAGCAGGGAAGCGAAUGUCACGGUCCAAAUGCCGGGCAGAUCGCCUUUCUGCUAAUGGGUUUAGGAUUUCUCGUAGUAGGAGCGGGUGGUAUCAGACCGUGCAACUUAGCCUUUGGGGCUGAUCAGUUUAACCCGAAAACCGAAUCCGGGAAAAGAGGGAUUGAUAGUUUCUUCAAUUGGUACUUCUUCACCUUCACCUUCGCCCAGAUCGUGUCAUUGACUCUGAUUGUGUAUAUACAGUCCAAUGUCAGUUGGACAAUUGGUUUAGCCAUACCGGCUGUUCUCAUGUUCUUGGCCUGCCUGAUUUUCUUCGCGGGUGAUAAAAUGUACGUGAAAGUGAAAGCCUCCGGUAGUCCUUUGGCCGGUAUAGCUCAAGUUAUAGCGAUAGCUAUCAAGAAGCGAGGGCUGAAACCGGUGAAGCAGCCAUGGCUUAAUCUCUACAACUACAUUCCACCAAAAUAUGCAAACUCGAGGCUUGGAUACACCGGCCAGUUCACAUUUCUCGACAAAGCAGCGAUUUUGACCCCCGAGGACAAGUUAAACCCUGAUGGAUCACCAGCAGACCCAUGGAAACUCUGUACCAUGCAGCAAGUUGAAGAAGUGAAAUGCAUUGUGAGAGUGCUCCCGAUCUGGUUUGCAGCCGCGAUUUACUACCUCGCCAUAACCCAACAGAUGACGUAUCCCGUCUUCCAGGCUCUUCAGAGCGACCGACGGCUAGGUUCUGGGAGCUUCGAGAUCCCUGCAGCUACCUAUGUCGUGUUCUUGAUGACGGGAAUGACGGUUUUCAUCAUAAUUUACGACCGCCUCCUCGUGCCUUUCCUCAGAAGGUUCACGGGUAAGGACACCGGUAUAACAAUCUUACAGAGGAUGGGAAUUGGAAUGGCCUUUGCGGUAUUGAGCAUGGUGGUCUCGGGGUUCAUAGAAGAACGGAGGAGAACAAUUGCUCUGACAAAACCUACACUCGGGAUGGCUCCCCGAAAGGGUGAAAUCUCCUCCUUCUCUGGCUUAUGGUUGAUCCCGCAACUCACACUCGCGGGCAUAGCCGAGGCCUUCACAGCCAUUGGCCAGAUGGAGUUUUACUACAAGCAAUUCCCCGAGAACAUGAGAAGCUUCGCGGGUUCUAUCUUCUACGUCGGGACGGGAAUCUCGAGUUAUCUAAGUAGUUUCUUGAUAUCGACGGUCCAUAAAACGACAGUGAACACAUCGACGGGGAACUGGUUGGCUGAAGAUCUGAACAAGGGAAGAUUAGAUUACUUCUACUACAUGAUCGCAGGGAUCUUAGCAGUAGAUUUUGCAUACUUCUUGGUAAUGGCCAAGUGGUAUAGGUACAAGGGCAGUGAAGAACAGAACUAUGAGACCAAUAGGGACACAGACAAGAACUCUGUCUGAAUUGAGUUUCAUGUUCUGUAAGCUAGACUUAUUUUUGGUCUU